AUGUCAUCUGAUUUUUAAUACACAAAAAACCAAGAAAUAUCAUUAUUCCCAACAGAAGGGGAAAUUUAUAGAUACUAUUUGGAAAAUUUUAUGAGUUCUGAAUAUUUAAUGUGCAAAAUUGAUACUAAAGUUCCUUAUGUUUAAUUAUUGAAUAUAUACGAAGAAAUAUAUCAAAUAUAAGGGGAUUGUAAAAUAUUAAGAUUAUUAUUAUAGAAUUUAUAUCAAUGUCAUAAAAUGAAACACAUUUUUGUACAUUAUCAAAUGAAAAUGUAAUAAUUAUUUAUGAGUGGAAUAAUUAAAUGAUUCAAUAAGUUGGCUCACCUGUAAUCAUUGAUUCUUCAUUUAAUUGUUUUAACAUUAAUUUGUUUGAAAAUUUUUCAAUUUUGGUUGAUUGUUAUUAAAAUAAUGAAUUCUUUUUCAUUCAAUUAAUGAAUGAAUAACCAAAAAUUGCUUAUUCAAUACCAUCAUCUAUACCUACUUAAACUAAAAUGUAAUCAAUUAUAAAUGAAACAAAUGCUUUUAUAGUAUAUGCCUAAUAUUUUGAGGAUUAUUCAAUACUUACACUAUUUUCAUCAUCAUUUUUAAAUUAAAGUAGCUUAAAUUAAUAAUUUGUUGAUUUUGAUAUACCAAAUAAAAUAAGUCCGAACAUUUAUUUAAUAACUAUCUAAGAGAUAUUCAUGUUAUCUAUAUCUUCAGAUUCUCAUUUUAUUUUAAUAAGUAACCUUAGCUAAGAUAAUAUGUGUCAGUAUUGCGAUUACUAGAUCACUAAUUUUACAAAUAUUAUUGUUUUUUACGAUUUAUGGACUUAUUCUUAAUGUGAUCAAAUAUAAUUAUUAUAUUAUUAACCUUAUUAGGAGGUGUGUAUUUAUUAUUUAAUAGCAUGUAAAAAUAUUAUAAUUUUUGAAAAAAAUGAUUGUUCAAUUUAAUAAGAUUCAAUUUUGAAUAUAUUUUAAAAUAACUAAUUUAUAAUAUAUUAAUUUGCUAAUACAAUAGUCAUUUCAGAAAAAUAGUCAAAUUAGAUGAUUUCAAAUUAUCUAUAGCAUUAAAGUAAUUCACUUUUAUAUUUCAAUUAUGAUAAUGAAUUAUUUAUAUUUAAUAAAGAUAUCACAGCUUAUAAAAUUUAAAUCCCUUCUUUAUAAGUUAACUUAACAAAUUUAUAAAUUGCAGGUGAUAAUUUCACUUUUUCACUUAUAUGUCACAAUUAGGGAUAAAAAAGUAACUAUUAUGGUAAAAUUAAUCUUUAAGUAUUAUCUUAGAAUGAUACAAAUAUUUAUGUAAUGUUUAAUUAAGAUUUCCCUCAAUAUUAAACUUCAAUUACUAUUCCAGUUACAAAUAAUUUUUUUAGUUUUUCUGGGUAAUUAUUAUAAUAUAAACUAAAUUCAAAUGAAAUACCUUUGAAUUUUUCAUUAAUUGCCUCACAAAAAGCUGGUUAAAUUAAUUAGAGUUAUUUAUUAAUAUAAUCUUUGUCAAUAAUCUAAAAGAAUGAAUCGAUUGUUUAAUAUUUGAUAGGAUAUAACAAUUAUUCAAUUGAUGUUUUGGAAUGUUAAUCUGUAAAUAUAGAUUAUAUCUACUAAUUCACUAAAUAAAGUUCAAUUAAAAUCUCUGUAAAUGCAAAUGCUUUAUAAAUUGCCUAUAGUAUUUAUCCUAAGAUGAUAAUAAUUGGACUCAGUACUAAUGAUAUAAUCUAUAUAUUUUAUUACUAUAUUGAUAACAGUAGUAUGAUUAGUUAUUCAAAUUAUACUUUUGAAUAAUAAUUCUCAGAUUUUGUAGUAACAUAUAAUAAUAUUAUAAUUCUAAUUCUAAAUUAAGAAAUAAAAAUAAUGACAUUUGAUUUUAUCAAUAUUUUUACUUUAAAUUAGUAAUCAAUAAAUAAACUUUUCGAUAAGAUUAAUUUCAAUCCUAUAUAAAUUAUUAUGAAUACUUAACUAUAAUCAUCUUUAUUAUAUAUUAAUAAUAUUAAUGAAGUCAUUAUAUUUUCAAUUGAUUAAAAUAGUUUUCCAAUACCAAUAUCCUUAAUAAAAGUUAAUUUUAUAAUAAAAUAGAUAAACUUAAUAAAUGUUCAAUUAAUUAUAUCAUAUCUAUGUAAUAAUGAUCAAAAUAUUUGCUUUUAAGUUUGGAAUGUAUAAUAUUUACCAAAAUACAAUUAUGUAAAGAAUCUUUAAAGUGUAAAUAUUGAUAAUAAAGUAAUAAUAUAAUCUGACAACAUGUUUUUAUAUGUUACUUUUAGUAAUUAAACAGUUUAUGUUUAUAAUCCUUCCUUAACAUAUCAUUAGAGUUUAUAUUAUUUAUUAGAAUUAACUUCGCCAAUUUAAUGUACUUAGGCAAUUCAAACCUUUUAUUAUUAUGUGCCUCAAUUCUAAUAUUAAAAAUCGAUAAUAAUUCUUAAGGACAAUACUAUUUAUUAGCUUUCUAGAAUGCAAGAAUUUCAAAUUUCUGCUGAAUAUAAAAAUGAAGAUUUUAAUAAUUCAAUAAGAUAUCCAUAAUUUAUUUAUAAUUAUUCUGUAACUUCAGCAUUAAAUAAAACAGCCUUUUAUUGGACUCCUAAUUAAAGUAUUACUUUAUAUUCAAAUUACACAGUAUUUUUGAAUUAAAGAAAUUUAUCAAUAAAUUUAAAUUUAGAUAAUAUAAUUGCUUAUACUAGAUAUUUUUCAUUUCCAAUAAAUUUAAUUCUUGAUAGAUAAGUGGGAUAUUGUGGAUCAACUAAUCUUACUUAAACAUAUGAUUUAAAUAAAGAUUGUAAUUUAACUUAAUUGUAUUAUCGUAAUUCUAGAAGCAUUCUUAAUGAUAACAAUUUCUCAUUAAUUACUUAAAUAAAUAAUGAAUUUUUUGCUUUUCAGAAUAACUCUUAUAUUUAAACUCUAAGUAGUGAUUUUAAUAAUCUAUCAAAUUUAAGUUAUUAAUAUUUAAAUUUAAGUAUUUGUUUAAAAUCAACUUCAUAUAAAUAUACAUUAUAUUCAAUUUGUUAAAAUACUACUUCAUAAUAUUUGCUUAAUUUUACUUUAAAUUUUGAAGGAAAUAUUAUUAUAAAUUUAGUUACAUAGCUUCCAUAAUAGUUCCACAAUAUUUCCAAAAUAAAUACCAUUUUAAACUAAAUUUUUAUUUUAGGCUUUAUUGAUGGUUCAAAUUAAUUGUAUUAGUUUAAUUAAUCUAAUAACAUCUUAUAUUCUAUAAAUAAUACUGUAUCAGAUUUUUCUAUUACAUUAAUGCCAAAAAGGUUUGAAGAUGAUUAACUCCAAUAAAUAAUUAUUUUCUAUAUUUUUAUUUAAACUAUAGAAUAUAAAAUAAUGUCUAUUGGUGAUUAAUUCGUCUAAUUUCAAAAUUAAGGUUAAGUUUCGCUUUACUUUUGCGAUGAAGACAAUGGCUGCUAUUAACCUCUAAUACAAUUUUAUUUGAUUUAUGUUAUGUAAACAUCCCAAUAAAAAGUAAUGAUCCUUCUGAGUGAUAGUUAUUUUAGUUAUAUUGUAGUACUAAUAUUAAAAUAAAUUAUAAGUUAAAAUGGAAAUUUUUAUAAUGGUAGAAUUAUUAGAACUAUUCCAAAUUUAUAUAAUUUAACUAAUACUGGAAAUUCUUUUUAUUAGUAUGGAGUUUUGAUGCAACAAUUUUAAUCUAAUAACAAAACCAUUGUUGGAACUUAUUAUAUCGAAGAUUUUUUAGAUAAUAAUAUAAUGGAACCAAUUCUUAUGUAAGGUUCAUUUAGUACUACUGUGCCUGAUUAUGCAAUAAUUGUUGAUUAAUAAUAUCGAAAUGGUACAUCCUUAUACAUUUAUAACUAAUCUAUAAACAAUUACUCAAUAGGUACAUGGAAUGUUACAUGUUUUAUGAAUAGAUAUACCUAAAAAUCAGUUAAUGUUUCAAUAUUUUGUAAAAAUGAAUUUUCAAAUGGUAAUUAUAGCAUUACAUUUAUAACACCUACAAUGGCUAGUUCUAAGAAAAAUUGGAUAUAUACUCUGAUUUCAAUGAUUGGAUUGCUAUUAUUGUAUUUUUACAUUAAAGUUAAAUAACAGAAAAAGUAUUUAGAUUAUAAUGAAUAAGAAAUUGAGUUAUGA